AUUCCUCAUUAUUUAUUUACCACCGGCGGCGAACGAAAAGACCACGCUGUUGUUAUUAAUCGAUUCACAGAAGAAAACACACGAUGGCCGCUUUACCUAUGAACCCCAAACCAUUUUUGAAUGGACUUACAGGAAAACCAGUGAUGGUCAAGCUAAAAUGGGGAAUGGAAUAUAAAGGUUAUUUGGUGUCUGUAGAUGGUUACAUGAAUUUACAGCUUGCUAACACAGAAGAAUUCAUUGAUGGUAUUCAGACAGGAAACCUUGGGGAGGUUUUAAUCAGAUGUAACAAUGUGUUGUACAUCAGAGGAGUGGAAGAAGAAGAUGAGGAGGGAGAAAUGAAAGACUAAGAUCUCCAUUUUACCAUCUCUCAUUCAUACAUCAUCAUUAUCAUCUCAUCUUUUUUAUAGAUUUGGAACAUUUUAAUCCUUUGAAUAUCAUGUAUAUGUAUGUUUUCUUUAAAUUGUGAAGUGAAUCAUGAAUGCAAAGUUUAGUGAGCAGAAGUUGAGCAAUAUUCAUCCAUUUUUGUAUCUGAUUUAUGCUAAUGCAGACAAGUCUUGGAACAAACAUGAAAAAAUAAACAUCACGCAUAUUAAUACAUGAUUGUAAAAUUUUAUUAUGUUGUACAUAUUUUGUUAUAGCAACAAAUAAAGUAAAUUUGUUGUGGUA